AAUCUGCGCUCGAGUUUCUAUUUCUUCUGCACCCUUAGAAUUGAAUACUUGUCACUACUACGCACUUCCGAUCAUGAGGCACUUUGGAAGCACCAUCCGAGACUCGGGUCCAGUAAGGAUUACUACUGCACUCCUUACUGCACUCGUAAUCACCAGCGCGACCUUCAUUCCAUUCUUCACACAGGGCACAGCCGCAAACCCAGUCCCAGUUCCCCGCCCACAGCCAAUCCCAAGUUCUAAUCCUCAGGACCCCCAAGCUGGCAGUCCGACAACCGAUGGUUUUUAUCCAGACCCAGAGCCAUGUCGCGGAAAUUGCUCUUGGAUUCACGACCCUAGUGUCAUAUAUGAGAACAAUAAGUACUGGCGUUUCUCCACUAGUGGAAACAUCGCCAUCGCGAGCGCACCAUCUCUGGGAGGUCCAUGGCACUAUGAAGGCGCGUUGUUACACAACGGUACCAGCAUUAAGGUUCAUCCGGAUCAAGACAUCUGGGCACCUUCAGUGAUGAAGCGAGGCGAUACCUUUUACUGCCACUACUCAGUCUCCAGGAUCGGUCUCCAAAACUCCUCCAUCGGCGUAGCGACAUCGCAGUCCCUCGAGCCCGGUAGCUGGCAAGACCACGGCGACAUCGGCCUCCCCCUAUCCGACAAGUACAACCUCAUCGACCCAUUCGUCUUCCAAGAGACGCCCAAAAACCCCAUCUACUUCACCUUCGGCUCCUUCUGGGACGACAUCUUCCAAGUCGAGCUUUUCUCGCACGACGACCUCAUGGCUUUUGGCGGGUGGGCCGAGCAGAACAACCGUAUCAACAACAUGGUGCGCAAUAGUACUUAUGGAGCUACCGUCGCCGAGGGUGCUAUCAUGUGGAAAGAAAAGGACUUUUACUACAUGUUUUACAGCGUGGGCAUGUGUUGCAACACGCCUGACACGCCCGGGGGUCUUGCUCCUGAAGGCCAGGUAUACCAUGUUGUCGUCUGCCGCUCGGAAGUUCCUACUGGGCCUUUCUAUGAUCAGGACGGUAAGAGUUGUCUCGAAGAGAACGGUGGUACGACUAUCCUCGCUAGCCAUGGCGAUGUCUAUGCGCCUGGUGGACAGGGUGUUAUGGUUAGUCUUGAGGAUGGGAGGACCGUGAUGUACUAUCACUACGUUCGUCCGAGUGUCGGCUAUGAAGCUGAUCAGUUCUUCUUUGGAUACAACUAUCUUGAUUGGCAAGAUGGCUGGCCGAUCGUUGUUGCUGCUUGA